UUCUGUAUUUUCGGUAUGGAAUCUGUAACCAAGCAUGCACUUGUGAUUAAAAUCAUGGUUCGUACCAGAUCCAGAGGGCAUGUGACUCAGAUAAGAGUCAAGUUUCUGGACGAUCAGAAUGGGUUUUUCAUGAGAAAUGUCAAGGGACCAGUCAGAAAGGGUGAUAUUCUCACAUUGUUGGAGUCUGAGAGGGAGGCCAGGAGAUUGCGCUGAGCCCAUAA